AAUAUGAGAAUCCUCAAUAAACACUUAGUAAAAAAAUUUUUUGGCCUUCCCCCUUAGUCACGCAGCAGUGUAGCAUACACUCUCAUCCUCACUCAAUAUACACAAACACAAAAGAGAGAAGAAAUCAAAGAGGAGAAGGGAAGGAAGGAAAGAGAGGACGACGCCGUCUAGGGCUCCGCCGACUUCGCCAUCGUCGUCGAGCGCCAAAGAGAGAGAGCUCGACAAUGACAGGAAAUGCGAUGGAGGAGAGAAAAAGGAGGUGCUCCGUCGCCGCUGAAACUCCACCACCACUGCUAGGGCUUGUUUCAGUCACCGUUCUGCCACCGUCGGGAUUCUGUGCCCCCGCCGAGGAGCUCGAAAGGAGGAAGGAGGAAAGUGUCGAGCUGCAGGAGUUUUCAUUGGGUUCAUGCCCUCCUAGUGUGGGUCUUCAAGGGAUGCGAUGGUCAACUAUCGUUGAUCAGGAAAAGCUUUUUGUAAGAGCCAUUCAAGAGUUAUGGCAGUGGUGGUCGCGGUUAUUGCGCGUGGUGGUGGAUACAGAGGAGGAGGAGGCAGUGGUGAUGGUGCUUGCUACAGCUGCGGUGGUGGUGGAAGCUGUAACAACUGUGGGUAUUUUAGGCUUUUGCAAGGGACUGCCCAACAAGCUCUCGCUGAAAAAUUGCAGCCUGGUGGGUUUGAGGGGAAGGAGGAGACUGUAAUUUAGCAGAGGAAUGGUGUAGUUGAGUGGGGCAGCAGAGGUGGUGGCAAUGGCCUGAUCAGAUUGGCUCUUGGGAGUAGGCAGAGGAGCAUUACUGAACUCCUUCAGGUGAGAAUUUACGCCAAUUUCUAUAUCUUGGUUUCCUUGAUUGGUUAGUUUGUUUGUAUUGUUUCAUGUUUAUGUUUUUUGAAAUUCCAAUUACUGUGAUAUAAGAGAUUCUAAUUGAGAACAAAUUGCCUUGUCCUUUUUAUAAGAGAGGGUGCAAUGAGAAGCACAUUCACAUGUAUCUUUUUGUUAUUGAUGAUGCAUGCGUUAUGCUUGAUUGGUUGAGGCGCAGUUUCAUAGCAUUGACAUUUAUAAAUCAUGAUAUAAUUGGUCGUGAAAUUUGCUCUUUUAAUUGAUUUUGGUUGGCUAGCAAGCAAGGAUGCUUUAAAAAUGUCUGUUGUUUUGGUGCCGAAUGUCCACUUAGGUUAAUUAACAGAUGCUUUAAUUUCACCGUUCCAUUGGAUACUCCAAUAGUUACAAAUGUUGUUUGUAUUGUAUUUGCAUGAUUAAGCUGAGAAUGAAAGCACUUUUUCCUCCAUCUUCCCCUUCAACCGUGGAUUGGUGCUACUUUGUUGUUUUAUUUAAGAGGUGCUGUGAUGAUUUCAUAUUCCCCUUAAGAAUGUUACUUUAUGUGUUGGCCGGAUCCUAAUUUUAUCAAUGAAUGCUAUAUCAUUGUCUAGUAUUGGCACCAUAUAAAAUAUCCAUUCUUAAAUACUUGUCCUAUCUAUAAUCUUACUUUGUAUGCGUGUGUGUGACAUCAUUUCUAAUACCUGUGCUAUAUCCAAUGUUUUCACAUUCAUUUGAGCAUCAUGAAGGUGAAUAGUAAGUUAAGAAAUAAUAUCUUGUGUUUAAAAAAUAGCAAUAACUAGUUUCUCUUAGAUGGUCAAAGAAUUGUGCAUCUGUACUGGGAAUUGUAGAUAGUGAAUUUAUUAUGUAUGAUCAUGCUAAAAAGUACUUAUCAUGUAUGAUCAUGCUAUCACUUCAUAUUUUGAUGGGUUUCUUAUUGUGCAGGAGUCUGAUUUAGUUUGAUUUAGAUAGUUUAUUAGAGUAGAUUAAUGUAGCAUUUUCAGCCAAAAUAAUUGUUGGCUCAACACCUCUGAAGCAGAAUCAGAGGCAUGAAGGUAAUGCAAGGAUUAUUAGAAGCAUACUCUCAAAUAAGGAAAUGCA